AUGUCCGCCCCCACUCCCACCGUCAACCUACCCAACCUCACAACCCACCAAUCCAUAACCGACACCCUCCAUCGCCUGACCCUCGGCCUAGACAGCAACGACCGCUCCCUCGUAGAGUCCGCCUGUCACAAAACACCCGAGAUGACAUUUACCUACGGGCCGCUGGGCGCCCAACAAACCGUCACUGGCUUCGACGCGAUCAACCCACUGUUCGAUCGCGUCUACAGCCUCGUCACUACACACACUGUGAGCAAUGUGAGGAUAGAAGCGGAGAGCGAGAAUGCGACCUUUGCGCGCAUGACGGCGCAUGUCAUUUCCUAUCAUGUGAGAGAAGAAGAGGCGUUUGUGGCAGCUGAUACGAGUUAUACGGCCAGUUCGCUGUACGACAUGCAGCUGCUCAAAGAUGAGGACGACGGAGGAUUGUGGAAGAUCACGACAUGGAACGCACGGAUGUUGUGGACAACGGGAGAUAUCAAAGUCUUGCAUCCAUAA